AUGGAGCUACUACGCCUGGUGAUCGCCAACGUUCUAGGCAAUGUGGUGACUACACUCUUCCUCGGCGUCCUGGUCCUCAACUACAUCCUCUGGGCGGAAUAUGUCGUCACGUUGCUAUGGGCGUUCAUUUUGGCCCAGGCGCUACACUCGCCCAAGGCGAAGCUGAUCCGAGCCAUCAAGGUGUUAAGCCAAGAAGAUGCCCGACCGAUGGUAUUUGUCCUGUGGGAUAUGAUGGCCGGGCCGUUCCGGCGGAUGCACGCCGACGGGAGGCCGGUCUACGAGAUGGUGUUUGUUUGGGCACUCGAUUGGUGCAUCGAAUCGUUCGCGCUUGUGGGCUUGAUAUCUUGCACAUCUCGCGUGUCAGUGGGGCUGCUGGUGGCGACGUCGCUCGUGGCACUUCUGUGCUAUGGAUUAUUGUAUGUCCUUGAUCGGCGAGUGUUUGCAUAUCGCCGGGUGGUCUCCGACAACACGGUUGCCUGUACGCUGCUGAUCACGACAUUCUUCGCUAGCGUUUCCUUCAUCGUCCUCUUCCUUGGCCUCGAAUCGGUUCUUGAAGGGCUGAGUGCCGGAAAAGACGUGUCUACGUGGAUCCAAACGAUGUUGGACAUCGAAAGCAAUAGUGAGAGUGAGUGGGGCAAAAACUUCGUUCGCGUGACAGAGUUCGCACAGGAGACGGCAAGCGGGCUUGCUUCAAAAUACAAUGAAACCGCCUGGUAUCCUGUGGCACAGAAUGCCAUCUCCAACUACUUUGAGCACGGUGCUCUCACAGCACCAACCGAAACAUGCACGGACGAACCCACUGGAGGUGCUGUGAGCGGGCUAUUGGGCGCUGUAGGUGGCGUUUCAGGCGUGAUCGAACAUGUAUCCAGCCUCAACAUAUCCAUGGAGCACGUUGUCAACUACGGUGAACCGGGCGGGAAGAUAUUCGCCAGUGGAGCGACCUUGCUGGCAUCGUUCGGCAGUUUUCUGAUCAUGGUCGGCUUUAAGGUGGUCCUUCUGUUCACUUGCGUGUUCUACAUGACCAGCCACGACGAUUUUCUGGAACGGAAUAUCGGAGACUUCCUACCUGUAUCUCAGGCAGACCAAAAGAGGGCCAUGAAGAAGCUGCGAGGCGCAAUCCACGGGGUGUUCUUCAUGCCGUGUAAAGUGGCUUGUCUACGCGGGGUGGUAACACUGUUCUCUUUCAAGGUCCUGCAGAUAGAGUUCCCCUUCUUCGCCGCCUUCGUGGCAGUCUUGGUCUCCAUUUUGCCCAUCGUCCCGGCGUACAUCGUGUGCUGGCCGUGGGCUUUGAUGCUGGUGCUGCAUGGACGAUGGGUAGGAAUUACUCUCGCGAUCAGCCAGCACCUCAUCCUCUCCGUGAUUGAUACCGAGCUCUACACGCAGGGUGUUCGCGAAGCCAACCCGUAUUUGACUUCCCUCAGCUGCUUCCUAGGCUACUCCGUGUUCGGUGCUCAUGGAGUGCUCAUGGGACCACUUGUUCUUUGCUUGGGUACACUCAUCUACGGCGGGCUCGGAUUCGUACAAACUUCGAUGGCGCAGGGCACCACGUACGAUCAGUCCACGCCUGCACGCAAGGGGGCUCGUUUGGACGCCCCACGAACACCACGGUCGAACGGAUCCGAGCCUCGUCCUCGCGGAACGGUCUCGAGCUUGUUGGAAGAGGAGGGUUCGGCGGGAUCCACCAAUGUCUCCCGAGACACACGCGUUGCCAACCAUCACCAUCAUGAAGGACUUGGGGAAAAGGAAACGUCAGACAUCCAUGAGGUGAUCUCCUCGCUACAGCUAGCCGAGCUUUGGUCUAGCUUCACCAGGAAUCUGCACGACAGCGCGCGCGUACCCUCACCAAGCUGUAGCCGGAGGGUCACGUUACAACUGGCACGGCGUCCGGCCAGUAUCGAAGGGGAACUGCAGGAGCACAAGGCCGACCAUGAGGAAUCGGCGCAGCAAACGUGGCGCUUCCGCUUCUCGCCCUCUUUGACCUGGGAAGCAUUUUUGCUCGAGGUGCAAGGGGUGAUGGGUGUGCCGGAAAUAUCCGGUGUUUACGGGAGCGAUGGCGCAAGGAUAAAGCGUGUAGACUUCAUCGAACACGGGGAGAUUUUGGAUGUUGUUGCCAACAAUCCGACGGGGUCCGGAUGA